AGCGGUGCACUCGAGUAUAGAGUAGUAGCACCAUCUGCUAAUGUAGAAAACACUACUGGUGCUACUACCCACCACCGCCUGUAAGUGUAACGUUAUUAAAACGCAGCGUCGUACCGCAUCACUUCCCUUCUCCGGGUCGGAAACUGGCAACGAUCGGCAGUGCGCGAAUCGUCCCCAACUUAAAAGCACCAAGAAACUCCACUUACUCAGUCAUGCCUCGCUCUCAGAUUGGGUACUUGGUCCCUGUAAAUAAGAAUCUUGAAGAGAGCGCUUCACUCCCUAAGCUCCCGCUCUUUUACGGCCCCAAUUUCAUCGGCCGCGACGAUGUUUCUGUUCCCGACAAGAGACUCAGCCGCAAGCACAUUGCUUUAACCACCUCCCCUGACGGCUCCGCUCAUUUACUCGUCGAGGGGACGAAUCCGGUGGUUGUCAGGUCCGGUGAGCUGAGAAAGAAGCUGAGUUCCCGAGAAAAUGCGGCGAUUAAUAAUGGUGAUAUUAUUGAGUUAAUCCCAGGUCAUCACUUUUUCAAAUAUGUAUCAUCGUCAACUGGUGAAAAGAAGAGAAGUUUUGGUGAAGCUAACAGCGAUAGAGAAAGCGAGAAACUUUCUGCAAAGAGAAAUCGAAAUCAACGUCCCGAAUAUAAAGCAAAAUCAGCUAACAAGUUGAAGGAAGAGGAGGAAGACAAUAAUAAAGGGAAGAUAUUUGUUGAGGCUAUUCGUAAUUUUUGUGUUUCCAAUGAUGAGUUACCGCAUACAUUUCGGCUUUUGAAAGUGCAAGGCUUGCCCGCCUGGGCGAAUGCCAAUUGUGUUUCAAUUGGGGAUGUAAUUCAGGGGGAUGUUCUUCUUGCUGUCCUCUCAAAUUACAUGGUAGAUAUUGAUUGGUUGCAUUCAGCUUGUCCAAAACUUGCAAAAAUCCCCAAUGUCUUGGUUAUUCAUGGUGAAGGUGAUAGCAGGCUGGAGCAUAUGAAGAGAGACAAGCCUUCCAAUUGGAUUCUGCACAAGCCACCAUUACCCAUUUCAUUUGGGACACACCAUUCGAAGGCAAUGCUCCUUGUCUAUCCUCAAGGAGUGAGAGUUAUUGUUCAUACAGCGAACUUGAUAUAUGUUGACUGGAACAAUAAAAGUCAAGGUUUAUGGAUGCAAGAUUUCCCUUGGAAAGAUCAAAAUAACUCAAAGAAAGGAUGUGGAUUUGAAAAUGACUUGAUUGACUAUCUCAGCACAUUGAAGUGGCCUGAAUUCACUGCUAAUUUUCCAGCUCUGGGAAACUUCAACAUCAAUUCCACGUUCUUCAAGAAGUUUGAUUAUAGCAAUGCAAGGGUCCGACUAAUUGCAUCUGUCCCUGGAUAUCAUACUGGUUCCAAUCUGAAAAAGUGGGGACAUAUGAAGCUGCGUACUGUUCUCCAGGAGUGUGUUUUUAAUAAAGAGUUUCAGAAAUCUCCUCUAGUUUAUCAGUUCUCUUCCCUCGGUUCAUUGGACGAGAAAUGGAUGGCUGAGCUAGCAUCCUCAAUGUCAUCAGGUUACUCAGAAGAUAAAGCACCCCUUGGUUUGGGGGAGCCGUUGAUAAUAUGGCCCAGUGUGGAAGAUGUCAGAUGCUCUUUAGAGGGUUAUGCAGCUGGAAGUGCGGUUCCAAGUCCACUUAAGAAUGUGGAAAAAGGAUUCUUGAAGAAUUACUGGGCAAAGUGGAAGGCAAGCCAUAGUGGCCGCUGUCGUGCAAUGCCUCAUAUCAAGACAUACACCCGAUACAAGGGCCAAAAACUGGCUUGGUUCUUGCUAACUUCAGCAAAUCUUAGCAAAGCUGCCUGGGGAGCACUUCAGAAGAACAAUUCUCAGUUGAUGAUCCGUUCUUAUGAGCUGGGUGUGCUAUUUCUACCAUCUCAUGUAAAGGAAGAGGGUGGUGAAUUUUCCUGUACGGGUAAUGGAGGUUCAUCAAAGGGUAGUGGUAGAUGUGGAUCAAUCGGAAAUUCUGAAGUAACAAAAACGAAGCUAGUUACUCUUGCUUGGCAAGGAAGCAAGACGUCUGAAGUAAUUCAAUUGCCUGUACCUUAUGAACUCCCUCCUAAGCCAUACUCCUCCGAAGACAUUCCGUGGUCUUGGGAGCGGAGAUACAACAAGAAGGAUGUUCAUGGUCAAGUUUGGCCUCGGCUAGUUUAACUGUGCUUUCAAAGAUUUCCUGAUUUCAGUAGAUUGCACAUAUUGAAUUCUGUAUAGUCAUAAGCUGUGUCGACAGGAACAAUGGCUGGCUCAUUUUGGCCAAACUCUAAAAGGGUAAAAAGCUUGCUAACCAAAUAGCAUUUUCUGUAAACUUAUUACUCCUUUACCCGGCAUGACAAGAUAUCCUGUUAUGUUUUCACCCUCGACCCUUUUUCUUCCUCGUGGGUUCUGGCCGAAGGUGACAUAACAGGGAUGGCAAAGUUCUGAGGUGGUGACCAAUGACCAUGGAAUAAAUCGAAUUGGGCAAUCAUGUUUUCUGUUUUUGCUCCA